UACUGUUGCCGCAAUUCCAACUCGUUUGUCCCCUCUCGACCUUCGUCUAAAAGGAAUGACGCAUGCGCAGAGCUAUCCUUCCUCCUUGACUCGGGUAAGUCUCAUUGUAGAAGGACACUGCGGCAGUAGCGGAGAAAACUUCAUAAUGUCGGCUGGUCUGUUGACUAAACCUCAGAUGAGAGGCCUUCUGGCCAAGCGUUUGCGAUUCCACAUAAUUGGGGCCUUUGCUGUAUCUCUAGGAGUUGUUGCAUUAUACAAGUUUGGUGUUGCAGAACCAAGGAAGAAGGCUUAUGCAGAUUACUACAAAAACUUUGACGCUGUAAAGGAGUUUGAGGCAAUGAGGGAUGCAGGAGUAUUUCAGAGCGUGCGACCAAAAGGCGAAUAAUGGAUGAAUUUGCGUCUGACCGUUUUCCCCCAGAUACUAUGCUGGACAUACUUGAUAUAUAACAAUAAAAGGCUAAAAUCCAGUUCUGCUGAAUGUCUCAUGUUUUAAUACUGUAUAAAUGUGGUUAAAUAUAUAAAACAAAAAGCCAA